AUGUUGAAAAAUAUGCUUGGAAAACACAGAUUGUUUAGCUUUCAGAAAUACUUUAUGAGCUCAUAUUUAAAUUAUAACAAAUACACAAUAAAAAGGAAAACAUAUGUAGCUGCUGUGGAAAAUAAAUAUACCUAUAUAGUUUUAUUAAACAAUAUAAUUCAUGUAGGAGAAAAAGGAGAAAUUAUAAAAUUAAAAAGAGGGCAUGCUAGAAAUUUGAUUAAAGAUAGAAAGGCAGUUUAUGCUACUUAUGAGAAUAUUGAUAGUUAUGCGGAUAAAGAAAAAUACAAAAAAAAGGAACAACUUGAUAUAAAAAAAGAUGUUGAAAUAGUAGCAGAUUUUGAAAAAUACUUUACACAAAUAAAAAAUAUUGAUAUAACCACAUAUUUAGAUUCAUAUCAAUACACAAAUAAUGUAUUAUAUAAUUUGUACGAUUUAUUUAAUUAUGUUUCUAAAAAUUAUCAAUUAGACUUAACACAUCAAAAUUUACAUAAAAUAGUUUAUUUUAAAAACUUAGAAGAAUAUAAUAAUAAUAUUAUAACUGAACAAAAAUAUUCAGAUAUAUCAAAUUACAAUGAUUUGAUUGUCCAAAAUAAUAUAAUGUUUAAUUGUACUGGGAUAUAUGUUAUAUAUUAUUAUUUAUUUAUGCCAAAUCUCAAGUUUUUAAAUCAUAUUAUACUUAGGAUAUCAUCUAUCCAGGAAUACGAGCGAUUGCAAGAAGAAAAAGAGAGCAAACAGGUUGACAUAUUAUACAGUAUUAAUUGA